GGCAUCGAUCAAAAUUGUAUUUCUAUAGAACCAUAUAGAUUUCAUAUAGAUUUUAAACAAUAAAAAAUCUGAAUGUGAGCAAUCUGUAAUUAUACGAUAUGAAAUUGUGUAGUGUACUCUUGUUAUUUUGUGCACCUUGGACUGUAUUUGCUUUGAUUUCGAUCGGUUGUAAUACUACUUUGGGGCUAUCUUUACGAUUAGAGAGUGUCAACAUCCACUAUGAGAGAAAUAUUGCUAGAAGCCUGUCUUCAUUUUGCGAAUGCUACGCAAAAACAAUACGUCCUGAUAUUGUACUAAAAAAUGACAGCUCUGAAUUUGCUUUUGUAUUGUCCAGUCUUCAAUUUAAAACAGCGCAGAUAGCUUUUUUGCUUGUGCUUUACUUCUGAACCGAUCGUUGAAUUCUGGAGGAAAAAUAGAUUAACAUGUCAGAAAAUACUGAUUUACGAGAGAUUCCAGCUGAAACUCUAGAACAAAUUGAUGUCGUUGCCAAAGAGUGGAUUCAAGAACAAUUGGAUAAGGAAGUGAAACGAAUCAGAUAUAUCGGAUCUAGUGUACUUCCACUAAAGAUCAUCAAUUGCGGCAUUGUACCUAAUUUUGAUAGCAAAAAGCCCAAAGCUAUUAACAGAGUUGAAAUCGAUACCAACCACGAUCUUUCAAAAGUUCAGCAGAUCAUGGUAUCACCAGCUGUGACAUAUCCCCACAAAGGCAACUUUAAUUAUGUCAACUUAAUUCUUAUUACAGCAGAUCAAAAGAUCCCUUUCAUAGCGCCAUACUUGUACAAGACAAACGUCAAAGUUAUGCAGCCUGAACGUGAAGAAAAUGGUCGCAAAUUUCCAAGCAAAGAAGUCGUUUUAAAGAAUGAUUUGAAAGACUACUUGUUGAUCAAUAAGAACGGUGCUCGUGCUCGUUUCACUAUACAUGAGUUACAUGACGUAUAAAUUGAAAAUGUUCGAGCAACUUUCUAAUAAAUGUUCA